AUGCAGCGAAUUGUUCAAGCUUAUCCUGUUCGAAGUAUGGACAGCUACACGAUGGCAUUCCUACAAGGCUUGAAUCCAACACCUUAUCGUCGUGUCAACUACGAUGAAGCUACCUGGAGGGGACUUGAACAUUUUGCAUUGCUGGAAGGCUUCAUGGAGAAAACUUCUGAUAAGCCUGAUGUUGCUUCUUUCUUGUACUACGUUGCAAACGGAUAUCUUUUUUCGCCAUCGUCUGUUGUUGGAAGUACUCUGCAAGGCUACUUCAAUUGCGCGAGUCGGUUGGCACACUUGAGUGCAGAAUAUGAAAAACUCAAAAGUGAGCAUCAGCGCAUGAAAGAUGCAAUUCCCAACAUUGACAAGGUUCUAAAUUUGACAUUUGAGGACAUUUGGAAAGCAAAUUUCCCUCAGGAGAUAUGCCCGGCAAAUCUGGAAGACAUUUCCAAUGAUUCUGCAGACAAAAAGCUAAGAAUUCUCAAGGACAUUCUUGCUGAAAUAACUCCCACCUCCAAUUUGCUCUCUGGAGGUCUGCAACGCAUGACAGGCUUGAAUGGAAGUGGCAAAGCUUUCGGCCAUCUCAGUGAUCUACGUCAAAGUUCCGAUUCACUGUUUCACCUGGAGUCGUUUAUGAAUGGUUUUGCACAAUCUGCAUCUUUUCAUUUGAAAAAGCAUGCCAAGACCAACAAGAGGAUAAAGAAAGCGUUGCAAAAAAUGUACAACUCUGUUUGUGCGAGAAUAGACGAGCUUUCUCUUAUGACUUUGCAAAAUGGACUGACUCACAAGGCGUUGGACGAUCUUCACAAAAUGAUGAAGGAAAGUGGGCUUCAAGUUAUGCACAGUCCUACGGAAAUCAGCAGGACGAAGGCCAAGCAAAAAAGAUUAGUAGAAGAAAAGGUUGAUGGAAUAGUCGAGCUUCCUGGGGGCCAUGGAGCAAAUCUUAUCAAAGUGACGGAACUGUUUUUCAUGAAGCUUGUGCAGUCGACACCAGAAUUGAUGUCGGUCAAAGGAUUGAAGUUGUCCACCUGCUUCGAUAGCGUCCGACUAGGCUGUUCAGCUCAGUCAGGAACAGAGCAUACAGACUUUGCAAUGAAUUUGAUUGGAGUCUGGGAUGAUGCCGUGCAGUUUGCAGACUGUUUUUUCGAUCAAGAAACAAGAUUAAAUUCUCCUGCAUCGUAUGUCACAUUUUUACUGAUCUAUUUGCAAGAUUCAAUUGAAAAUAUCAAGGCAAAUCUUUGGGAUGAAUAUGGACUUGACUUGAAGGCAUUCUUAGGCGAACUGAUCUGUGCGGAUGGAAGGAAGAUAGCUGCUGGGCUGCAUUUUUACAGGGACGACAAUGGAAAUUUGACGUGCAUCGAUGGUCGCAAACGGUCCAUGAGUGACCCUGCUGCUCAUCCUGAGCUCAUCAUUCCCCUCUCAAUUGAAUUUCGUGGCGACCUCAAGGGCUUGUGGCAUCUUGUCGGCAUGAAAGGUGCCAAGGGAGAUCAAUGCUGCUUGUACUGCCAUGUAAAAUCAGCUGAGCGUCAUCUCAUCUUCGAUAUCGCGGAGGUUCCUGAGGACAUCACUGUCGAUGAUUUCUGCAAGGAAAGAGCGAUUCCAGCAGAUGUGUUCUGGUUGGUUCACGAAGUGCUAACCAAUGGAGGGCAAUGCAGUAUCGUACAUCAAUGCAUGUUCGGUGGAAAAUGUUUGAGCAAGGCAGACGUGUCUAAGCUGAAUGUGUCAAAAAGGAGCAAGACACUGAAACGUGGGCAGAAGGUGGUCGUACUGAAGCAGGAUCACGGAAUGGAAAGAGAACAUGAGGUUUUGAAAGAACAUGGACUUGAUUGCAAAAGCCUUGUCAUUUGUGUUCUCCAUCUCAAAUUGCGGAUUGUAUACUGUGUCCUCAAGUGUGUAUACAAAACAGCUCAACGAAAGCACCGAACUAAACAAGCUCAAAGCAUUUUACACAAGUCUGGAAUCAAGUAUAAGUUGGAAGAAAGCAAUGGGAAGCUUCCUAACUUGACAGGCAAACAGUGCGACGAUUUGUUGAACCGAGCUAUGGGACCCCUACUCGACCUCCUUUAUGAUGAUGUUGAUGAGCGAAAUAGAUACACUGAGAUCUACAAAGAGUUGUCAUCCGUACUUUCGACAUUGUCAUGUACGCAUGUUUCCCAUCUUACCGAUGAAGACAUUGGUACAUUAGCGACGAGGAUCAAUUCAUUCGUUAUCAGAUACGUCGUAGAAUGCGGCGAUAAGGAACUCUUCAGUGCUGUGUAUUUUCACUUUUUAUCUGCCGGACAUGUCGCAGAAUUAUUCCACUAUCAUCUUUCAGAACGAAACGUUACUUUGGGUGCUCUGAGCAUGUCAAGUUUGGAACUAAGGCACAGAAUUUGCGGACGACCUGCUUGGAGAAAAGGAUUGAUGGAAGGCAAUGCAGCAGCAGGAUUAGGAACGAUUGUAAAUUUGUACUACUCUUAG